ACCAGUGAACGUGUGCUCCCUCUGACGCUUCUCGCUCGAUCGCGGCUUACGUCGGGAAGGAAUCUUGUGUGUGUUGUUUUCAAAGCCCCCUUCUCGUAUAUCAGACCCUUUUUUUUUUUUAGAGAGAAAGAGAAUUAUCAAAUCAACUGACUUAACCGGAAGUGUCUGUGGAUCCGACGCGACCUCGAGUGUUUGUGUCCGUUCAAUCUUUUUAUUUGAUCUUAAUUAAAAAUCUCAAAUGCUUUAUUGCCUGAACAUGGAAGAAGAGAUUACCGAGGGAUUCCCGGUGAGCAAAUCUUGAGUCGUAUGAAUAGUUGUGAGAAAAGGAAAUUGAUAAAUGAGACGAUUGGUUAUCAAGGACACGUCAUAUGCAUUCUCUGUCGUUGUACGGGUGAUUAGAAUAUCCGGAUGUCGCUAAUGAGGUCGUUUGUGGGACAGGUGAUACGACUCCCCAGUCCUAUCAGAUGUGAAACAAGUGAGCGAAGGUGAAGAAACUCCAUGCCACCUUGGAAUCUGACUGCCACUGGCCCGUGCUGUAUGAGGAUCCUACAAACAAACCCUUGCAGCGCUUAGGAAAAAAAAAACUCCCAAAGCAUAUAUGCGGUCAUGAAAAUGGAGAAACCAUCCCCUAGGUGUGAUUGCUGGCCCUUGCUGGUAAUGACAGGUGAGACCCGCCGGAAUCACGAUGGCAAAUCAGUGAGUUCCUUAUUGGGAAUCGUAGUUCUGUUUCUUCUGGCCCAGCUGUCCAUGGCGUCUGACCAGAGCACCAACCUCCCAGAGACCUGGAGAAACAACAGGGGAGGUCAUAAGAUGAACAAGUGGCUUGGGAAACACGGAAGCAGUAGUGUUAGCAGCAGCAGUGGCAUAACUAGUGGGGAACAGGUCGAAAUGAAGAUCGAAUCCAGCGUUCGAACCCUCCCCAGCGUCGCCAGCAAUUGGGGCGGAGACGCCUCCAAGAAAACGCCGAAAGGUCCUUACAUCAACCUGAACUGGAAGCAGGGUACCCACUCGACUUAUAGCAGGUCGACCUCGAGGAACAGUAAUUCCUCGGAGCUGCUCCUUGGCUCCGAGGAGGACCUCACGGAUCGGAAAAAGAGGACUGAGGACCAAAAGCCGACGGCGUCGGGGCCUCGCGGGAGCAGUCAGUUGAUAUUCAAAGAAGGAGCUUACGAAGGACUCGUCGUGGAAGUCAGCGACAAGAUCCCGCAGGAUGACUGUAGGACUGUCAUCGACGGCUUGCAGACUGUACUCCUGGCCUGGUCCAACGCCCUCUUCGUGGCCACGGAGGGCGUGGCUCCCUGAGGACGGCCACAGUCGUCCUCCCGAACCACUGGUCCACGCGAGCUUGUCACCCGCCCUUAUCCGCAGAUCCCCCUCC